UAUAUAUAUCAAAUCUCAUUCUUCCCUAGAGUCUAGGGUUUUAGUUCGGCCGCCGAGAGACGGGAGAGAGAGAAAGCAGAGCACCAUGGUGAAGUUUCUCAAGCCCAACAAAGCUGUGAUUGUCCUCCAAGGCCGAUUCGCCGGCCGGAAGGCAGUGAUUGUUCGGUCCUUUGACGAUGGCACACGCGAUCGCCCCUACGGGCACUGCCUGGUGGCCGGAAUCGCCAAGUACCCGAAGAAGGUGAUUCGCAAGGACUCGGCCAAGAAGACCGCCAAGAAGUCGCGCGUGAAGGCAUUCAUCAAGCUCGUGAACUACAACCACAUCAUGCCCACUCGCUACACUCUCGACGUCGAUCUCAAGGAUGUGGUCAGUGCUGAUGCGCUCCAGUCCCGUGACAAGAAGGUCACCGCCGCCAAGGAGAUCAAGUCCAGAUUUGAGGAGCGCUUCAAGACCGGCAAGAACAGGUGGUUCUUUUCCAAGCUUCGAUUUUGAGCGCUAUGGGUUGGUUUGUUUCUAUCCGCGUUCUGUUUCUUAUCGUAUGUAGUUAUGGCACAUUUCAGUUAAAUUUGAAUUUGGAGAUUUUGUUGGAUUAUUUUUGGUGAUGAACUAUAAUAUGUCGUUUGAAUUUUUCCUA